AUGGAGACGAGCUGCCAGCGCAGGGAGCGCAGGGACAGGAGGUUGAGGACAGACAGACGGCCCUCGGCUUGUUCUGAUUGGUGCUCCAGCCUCAUCUCAUCCAGCUCUUCGUCCACAUCCUCCCAGCCUCGCAGACGCUGCAGUGCUGAGGGAGAGGAACGCACAACCUCCUCAUCAAUCAGUCAGUCAACCAACCAACCCCAACCAAGCAUUAUUUAUCUAUCUACCCCCCCCCCCCCCCCCAUAUAUCUCAGAUGAAGUUGCCUUGCUCAAAGGGCCAACCAUUUGCCAGAGUUUUUCACCUAGUCGACUAAGGGGAUUCGAAUCCAGCCACAAAUUUUGGGGAAACUGGCCCCAAAGCUACCAUACCGCAUUGUGCUGUCCUCUCAUCUCAUCUCCUGGGGUCAUCCUCUCUCUCUCUCUCUCUCUGGCUCUCAUCUCUCUCUCUCUCCUCUCUCUCUUCCUCUCUCUCUCUCUCUCUCUUCUCUCUCUCUCUCUCCUCUCUCUCUUCUCUCUCGCUCUCUACUCCUCUCUCUCUCGCUCUCGCUCCUCUCUCUCUCCUCUCUCUCGGCCUCUCUCUCUCUCUCUCGGCCUCUCUUUGUGUGUGAAAAUGGCACAGGUCUGAAAAUUAAUAAAAUGGCCGUGUGUUACCUCUCCGGGCGGUCUUGUCGUCUCCUCUCUGGAUCAGCAUGUACCUGGGGCUCUCUGGGAAGAACGGCAGCAGCAACAGCUCUAUCAGGGCAGGGAUACCUGUUAGACCCAGCAUGAGAGGCCAGCCUGGGGAGAGGACAUCACACACACACAUAUUAUUGAGAGGAGCACGGUCAGUCAGCCACAAACUCUCCGGCCACAGGUCAACCUCUCUAACCUCUAGGCCGGCGGUUCCCAAACUUGGGGUUGGGUUGGAUGGUGUUGGGUAGGCCUGUGUGACAUUAAAAAACGUGACUUUUCAAUUAGUUGCGGUCCCCCCAGAAUUCCCUGAUAUCAGUGUGGGGUUGUGUACCAGAACAUUUCGUGAACCUCUGCUCGUGGCUGCCCUACCUGUGUUGUUUCCCAGAAUGCUCCUGAUGCCUAACACCUGUGCGCUGAGGAUCCCGAUGGUGAUGAAGAGCUGAGGCAACGACGCCGAUCGCUCCUCUCAGGUUCUUAGGAGACAGUUCACCCAGGUACAUGGGCACCACGUUGGAUGAAAGGCCUAGAGGAAGGGCGACGGCAGAGAAGGCAUCAGGCCACAGACAUUUCGAUUGUAAAUCUGAUUGCUAAAUAAAUAGGGUCAUUAAUCAAGUUUAAUAAGAAAAUAUUAAAUGAGAUAAGAUAUACAAACUUCUCUGUCCAUUAAAUGGGAUCAAAAUUGGGUUUUCCUGACCUGCGCAGAUCCCCACCAUAACCCUAGCCACGAUGAUGAUCUCGUAUGACUUAGCGAUCUCGCUCACUCCCAUCAUCACAGCAGGAACAAUGGAGAAGAUGUUGUUGAAGAGGAGGGUGCCUUUCCUGUCAAACAAUUAUUAAUUGGAGAUAAACAACAAUAUAUUUCAUGAUGAUCAAAGCUAGCUAUAGUAUGUCUUUUUUUCCCUAGAUUUCAAUUGAUCAUUUACAAGCAUAUUCCAGUUGUAUUUUGGUUUAUAAACUGAUACUUAUUGGUUUAUAGACAAUUUAUACACCUUUAGUAACCAGUCAUUACCUUCCUAGUUUGUUGACGAGCGGGGCCACCAUCAGUGAGCCAAAGAAACCUCCCAGGGGAUACAUGGAGACAGACAGGGACCACAGGAGGGUUAGGAAGCUAUCCUCCAUGGGUCGGCCAUAACGCUCCAAGUAGGUGGUGUUGUAGAACUGCUGCAUCAACUGGACAAAGACAGAUUCUUAUUUUAUUUUAAACUUUUUUUUUUAUCCAGGAAGACCCAUUAAGGUCAAAAUACCUAUUUUACAAGGGAGACCUGGUCAAAAUGGCUGGAAUGUAAAGCCACCCAUGACUUAUAUGACAGUGGGAAAAAUAGAUUCUGUGUGAAUACAACAAUUCAAUUUAAUUAAGCCCAAAGACAAUAGAUAGAAAUGUGAACACUUUCAGACGGUGAAGUUUCAGUUUCAGUUUAUUCAGGUGAAUAGAUUGGGUAUUGAAAUGAAUGUAUUAUGUCAUUGUUUACUUAAGAUAAAUUCAGUGUGGUUUAAACUACCAGAGAUGGAGAGUUGACCACAGCCACAUUGUACCCAUACUGGAAGGAUGAUCCAAAGGCAGAUAUAAGGGUAGCCAAGGCCAGGACCACAGUCAGCUUCUGUCACAUAAAAGGAGAACAUACUGUAGGAAUUAUCACAAUAAUCUGCAAAUAACCACACAUUUCCUACCUUAUUGCUAACAUUUUUCAUGCUGUAGUUAUGUUUCCUAUUUAGUAACAUAGUAUCCAUGUGCUAAGCACAACUGAGGUUGUUUUAAAAAAAAAUCCAACAUCAAAGUAUACAACAUAACAACAUCAAAAUGUAAAGUCAUUGGCUCACCCCUCUCCUCUCUUCCAAAGGUUUCCCACAAUUGUUUUCUUCUUCCAUGGCUCUGCACUUCAGCUUUCUAUUGUCACCUCUCUCAGCCACAGAUAGCAGACCAGUGCUAGUCUGACUUCUCCGCUGGAUUCAGAUGUACUUUGGACAUUGGAUCAGAGGAUCAGACGGUAGAUUAGAGUUUACUACCCCUUACACUACAAAAUCUUCAGUCUUCAGAAAGUGUUCACACCACUUUUUCCACAUUUUGUUGCGUUACAGCCUGAAUUUAAAAUGGAUUCAAUGGAGAUGUUGUGUUACUGACCUACACACAAUACCCCAUAAUGUCAAAAUGGAAUUACGUUUUCAUUUUAUUUUUUAUUACAAAUGAAAGCUGAAAUGUCUUGAGUCAAGUAUUAAACCCCUUUGUUAUGGCAAGCCUAAAUAAGUUCAGGAGUAAGAAUGUCCAUAACAAGUCACAUAAUAAGUUACAUGGACAAUUUAACAUGAUUUUUGAAUGACUACCUCAUCUCUGUACCCCACACACACACAAUUAUCUGUAAGGUCCCUCCGUCGAGCAGUGAAUUUCAAACACAGAUUCAACCACAAAGACCGUGGAGGUUUUCCAAUGCCCCGCAAAGAAGGGCACAUAUUGGUAGAUGGGUAAAAAAAAAAAGCAGACAUUGAAUAUGCCUUUGAGCAUGGUGACGUUAUUAAUUACACUUUGGAUGGUGUAUCAAUACACCCAGUCACUACAGAAUACAGGCGUCCUUCCUAACUCAGUUGCCGGAGAGGAAGGAAACCGCUCAGGGAUUUCACCAUGAGGCCAAUGGUGACCUUAAAACAGUUACAGAGUUGAAUGGCUGUGAUAGGAGAAAACUGAGGAUGGAUCAACAACAUUGUAGCUACUCCACAAUACUAACCUAAUUGACAGAGUGAAAAGAUGGAAGCUUGUACAGAAUAAAAAUAUUCCAAACAUGCAUCCUGUUUGCAACAAGUCAUUAAAGCAAAAGGAAGCAAAGAAAUUAACUUUAUGUCCUGAAUACAAAGCGUUAUGUUUGGGGCAAAUCCAACAUAUUCAUAUUUUCAAGCCUGUUGGUGGCUGCGUCAUGUUAUGGGUAUGCUUGUCAUUGGCAAGAACUAGGGAGUUUUUUAGGAUAAAAAGAAACGUAAUAGAGCUAAGCACAGGCAAAAUCCUAGAAGAAGACCUGGUUCAGUUUUACAUCAGACACUGGGAGAUGAAAAGGAGCUACAGGAAAAGGAGGGCCGAGCACACCUCCAUUUACAUUGAAGGGGCUGUAGUGGAGCGGGUCGAGAGCAUCAAAUUCAUUGGCGUCCACAUUACUAAGGAUCUAUCGUGGUCCAAAAACACCAAGACAGUCGUGGUCCUCUGUAGCUCAGCUGGUAGAGCACGGCGCUUGUAACGCCAAGGUAGUGGGUUCGAUCCCCGGGACCACCCAUACACAAAAAAAUGUAUGCACGCAUGACUGUAAGUCGCUUUGGAUAAAAGCGUCUGCUAAAUGGCAUAUUAUAAGAGGGCACGACAAGAUUUGGCAUGGGACCUCAGAUCCUCAGAAAGUUCUAAAGCUCCACCAUCGAGAGCAUCCUGACUGGUUGUAUCACCGCUUGGUAUGGCAACUGCUCGGCAUCUGACUGCAAGGCGCUGCAAAGGGUAGUGAGUACGUCACUGGGGCCGAGCUUCAUGCCAUCCGGGACCUCUAUACCAGGCGUGUCAGAGGAAGGCCCUAAAAAUGGUAAAAGACUCCAAUUCUCUCUGCUACUGCAUAGCAAGCGAUACCAGAGCACCAAGUCCGGGACCAAAAGGCUCCUUAACCUUUUACUGCGGUGGGCUAAAUCAGGGUCACACAUAGUGUUUCUUAAACAAAUCUACUUUGAAACACAUACACAUGGUUAUGGGCUUAAAAAAAAUAAGACACCUGUACCAUGUCAGAUAUAGAAUUGAAAUGUAUUCAAUUUUGAGUUUGCAUCCCAAUAUUUCACUUUGUAUACAGUGCCUUCAGAAAGUAUUCAGACCCCUUGACUUUUUCCCCACAGCAUGAUGCUGCCACCACCAUGCUUCACCGUAGGGAUGGUGCCAGGUUUCCUCCAGACGUGACGUUUGGCAUUCAGGCCAAAGAGUUCAAUCUUGGUUUCAUCAGACCAGAGAAUCUUGUUUCUCAUGGUCUGAGAGUCUUUAGGUACCUUUUGGCAAACUCUAAGCGGGCUGUCAUGUCCUUUUACUGAGGAGUGGCUUCAAUCUGGCCACUCUACCAUAAAGGCCUGAUUGGUGGAGUGCUGCAGAGAUGGUUGUCCUUCUGGAAGGUUCUCCCAUCUCCACAGAGGAACUCUAGAGCUCUGUCAGAGUGACCAUCGGGUUCUUGGUCACCUCCCUGACCAAGGCCCUUCUCUCCCCGAUUGCCCAGUUUGGCCAGGGCGGCCAGCUCUAGGAAGAGUCUUGGUGGUUCCAAACUUCUUCCAUUUAAGAAUGAUGGAGGCCACUGUGUACUUGGGGACCUUCAAUGCUGCAGACAUUGUUUGGUACCCUUCCUCAGAUCUGUGCCUCGACACAAUCCUGUCUCGGAACUCUACGGACAAUUGCUUCGACCUGAUGGCUUGGUUUUUGCUCUGACAUGCACUGUCAACUGUGGGACUUUAUAUAGACAAGUGUGCGCCUUUGCAAAUCAUGUCCAAUCAAUUGAAUUUACCAAAGGUGGACUCCAAUCAAGUUGUAGAAACAUCUCAAGGAUGAUCAAUGGAAACAUGAUGCACCUGAGCUCAAUUUUGAGUCUCAUAGCAAAGGGUCUGAAUACUUAUGUAAAUAAGGUAUUUCUGUUUUUUUAUUUGUAAUACAUUUGCUAACAUUUCUGAAAACCUGUUUCCGCUUUGUCAUUAUGGGGUAUUGUGUGUAGAUUGCUGAGGUUCCUUCACACUCUUCACAUACGCUGCUGCUACUCUCUGUUUAUUAUCUAUGCAUAGUCACUUUACCCCUACCUACGUGUACAUAUUACCUCAAUUACCUCAACUAACCCGUACCCCUGCACAUUGACUCGGUACCGGUACCCCGUUGUCUAUAACCUUGUUAUUGUUAUUUUAUUGUGUUCCUUUAGUUUAUUUAGGACAUUGUUCUUACUUACUUUUUAAAAAAGUCUGCAUUGUUGGUUAAGGGGCUUGUCAGCAUUUUGCAGUAAGUUCUAAUACAUCUGUUGUAUUCGGCGCAUGUGACAAAUAAAAUUAGAUUUUGAUUUGAUUUGAAAUUCACCCUUCUGCAGAACAAUAACCUAAAACACAAGGCCAAAUAUACACUGGAGUUGCUUACCAAGAUGACAUUGAAUAUUCUUGAGUGGCCUAGUUACAGUUUUGACUGAAAAAUCUGCUUGAAAAAUCUGUGGCAAGACUUGAUAAUGAUGGCCGUCUAGCAAUGAUCAGCAACCAAUUUACAAUCCAGGUGUGCAAAGCUCUUAGAGACUUACCCAGAAAGACCUCACAGCUGUAAUCGCUGCCAAAGGUGAUUCUAACAUGUAUUGACUCAGGGGUGUGAAUACUUACGUAAAUGAGAUAUUUCUGUAUUUCAUUUUCAAGAAAUUUGCAAACAUUUCCAAAAACAUGUUUUCAUGGGGUAUUGUGUGUAGAUGGGUGAGAAAAAAAGUAAUUAAUUAAUAUUUAAAAAAUAGAUUUAAUCCAUUUAGAUUUCAGGCUGUAACACAACAAAAUGUGGAAUAGGUCAAGCAGCCUGGCAGCCAAGGGGUAUGGAUACUGAAGACACUGUAUGUGCCACGUUGAAUAAAAUAAACUAAUCUGAAUUUAUAGUCUGAAAAAUAGUCUGUGUUUAGUUGGCUUGGUUUUGAUAAAGAUUCAAGUGCAUUCAGAAGGUCUGUCCACAUUAAAGUUGCUCAAACUUAUCCAUGACAUUUAUUUAACCUUUAUUUUAACAGGGAAGACAUAUUGAGACCUAGUUCUCUUUUACAAAUGCACCCUGCAUAUACACACAACAUAAAUGUACACAUUAUACCCUACCUAUAUGUAUAUAUAUACACAUUAAAAUACAAAAACACAGUCAUGGGAAGCACAAAUAAAACAUCACAAAUCACCCAGAAAAACAGUCACAUUCCUCCACAAAUAAGUCCCCAAUAAAUACUUUAUUAUUGCCCGAACGGCACUAGAACAUCAAGACUAAAUGGAUUUUUUGAUUUUGUUCCAGCAACACGGUGCAUUAAAACUAAAAGCGGAUUUACCAUAGCUCGGUGGAGACCCUAGCAACCUAAAGAGUUAACCAAUCCCGUGAACCGGUCAGGCAACUCAGAUGUCUAUGCUUCAACAGCAAAGUUAGAUAAGAUAAGAGUAAUGUAGAUAUCUAGGUCUUAGUGAAGUCCAGCCAACCUUUUGAUACAGGAUGCAGUGACGAGUAUCAAAAACUGUCACCUGUAACAAAACAAAGGGCACGAGGGUAGAUGGCACCCCUGACUGAAGUGGUUGUUGUAAUAGUGCUAUGUACAGGUCUAAACCCCUGACUGGUUUACAUUCUAAAAUACAUUUCUCAGAUAGAAAAGAGCAAAGUUGUACAUUUACCAACGAUUCAAGAAUCUCAGCUAGACAAGCAAGCCUUGAAAUUGGGUGAUAAUUAUAAAGGUCACUACAUGAGGCACAUGUUCUUUGUUAUGCUAUCUGUCUAAAACUCUAUGAAGAGACAUGAGAGGCAUGGACUUUAUGGCUCAUCCACAGGGUAGUUAUAGAUGACAUAACAUACAUAAAUUGUAAAAACAGGAAGUGGAGAGACACUGGUUUAAAGUUGAGUUAAGGCUAUUACAAGGUGCUCUAACUAUUUAUAAUAAUAAUAAUAAUAAGCCAAUUAGCAGACGCUUUUAUCCAAAGCGACUUACAGUCAUGUGUGCAUACAUUUUUACGUAUGGGAGGUCCCGGGGACCUUCACAACACAACACUAAACAAUACCUUCAUUGCACUAUAACGGUGACAAAACGGUGCCCACAAACCCAACAGCAGUCCCAACGCCAUACCACUGCUACACCUGGCUAUCAGCGGAGCCUUGUCUGGCAGCGAAACAGUUCAUUCAGCCUCAUUUACUGCCUUUAAAAAUAGACCAGAUUAUUAGGGUGAGGCACAUGGGCUACUAACAGUUUCCUUCACAACAUACACUUAGUAUUACUUUCUUAGCUACAGUAUACAUAUCUCCCUGGCAUAUUACAUCAUUUAUGCAGCAGCAUACAAUACAUUUUUGGACUCACCUUGUUGUGCUGUGCCCACUUGAACAGGAAGGCGGCUCGCGGCAGUCCUUCGUGGGCAAAUUUUGUCAUCAAACUUUGUCAUCAAAGUCUGGCAUUCUCUGGAUUUAUGGUGCUUUCAAGACAACUGGGAACUCUGGAAAAAAAACAAGGUUGAAUCAUGAUGACGGCAGUGAUCUUCAGAUCGUAGCUCUAGAAAGAGGCCCGAGUAAAACAAAUAUUUGAAAUCUGUCCCCAAAUGCAAUAUAUUUUUACUUGAAAUCCAAUAUUUAAUAAAAUCUCUAGAAUUAGUCAAUAACAAAAAAAACACUGUAUACUUACAACUCCAUCAUAUGUGUACAACUGUAACCCCUGACCUCUGUAACCCCUGACCUCUGUAACCCCUGACCUCUGUAACCCCUGACCUCUGUAACCCCUGACCUCUGUAACCCCUGACCUUAUUUUAUUUAUUUUAUUUUAGGUACUUAAACUUGAAAGUCCAUUCUUGUGAUUACAUUUUUUUUACUUUAAUGUUAUUUUAUGUUUCUUCAGAGAAAAAAUAUGUGUAGUGAUGUCCUAUGUUUUUUUGUGAUUGUAAUUAGAAAUGUUAUAAUAAUCAACAAAAAAAAUAAAAAUAAAUAAUAAUAAACAUUUAAAAAAAUUUAAAAAAGAGGCCAGAGGUCCCGACUUACAAUUCCGAGUUGGAUGACCGUUCAAAACGUAUUUUCCCAGUCUGAGCUCGUUUUUUCCAGAGUUCCCAGUUGUCUUGAACUCACUGAAGUCAGAUUACCCAGUUCCAAGUUAACAGUUGUUUUGAGCGCAGCAGAAAUCAUGCUGGAUUGACAGCAUGGCCAAUGUUGAAUGUUUAUCAUUUUAAGCUUGGAAUAGAGAUCCUUAAACCCAGAAUUGGGACCACACACCCACUCUUCUGAAUAACAGGCUAGUGAUUGCUUUGCAAUGUCUGCAGUUAGCCACUGAUUCCUUCCAAACCACUCAUUGUUGAAUUUGCCAUUUCCAACUUGUGAAAUGUUAUGUCCAAUGGCCGAUGAGCACUGAUUUGUUUUAUCUAUAAUUUCUCUUAAUUAUUUAUCUUCAUAUGACAAGGAUUAAAAAGGAUUUGCCAGUAGAUUGUCGACUUGAUUCAUGAUGAUGACUGCUAGCUAAGCUUUUGAAAGUAUGAUGUAGAUAUAACGUGAUUUGACGUCAUUUUAUCUGUGGCCAAUGACCUUGAGCCUUCUUGGAUGGGCACUUCUAAUGUAACUCUAUGGCAGCACCCAAGGGGCUUGAAUUUCCGAGCUCUACCCUUAGAUUUGGCGGUGACGUAGUGUCCCCAUGAGUGACAGAACAAUGAGCCAAUCACGGCGCAACUAGAGAACAUUACUAACCCCUACGCUCCGUAUUUUCCACUGGCUGCCCCACCACCACAUAAAAGCACUGAGCUAGGCUGAAACACCUGUAUUUUGGAACUGCCUUACUCAAGAAAGCAAAAAAAAGAGACCAUGUUUGUAUGGAGGCUUUAUUAACUCAAUUAUUAUUUCUUUAUUUUUUAUAUUGCUUGCAAAUUGAUAUGUGACACAUAUUAAUGCCAAAAUAACAUGCAAAACAGGCAAUCCCCCCCCAAAACAAUGUGGGGCUCAAAACAGGUGGGACUGUGCCCUGAAUGACGGGUCGCCACUGGCUGGCUGGCAGGACCAGUGGGACCUAACGCUUUAGUAUAUGUGCUGCCAUAGUGAGCACUUAAAGCUUUAACCCACAGUGGUGCCACAUGACUUGAGAUCCUGCUGCUACUAUGUUCAAUAGCACACAUCGCCUCACUUUCACUUUAUGCCUUGCUAUUUUCAUUAGCAGGGAGUUGACAGCAGAUGGCGCCAUCAUGGACAAUUUAUUUAUUUAUUUAUUUCAUCUUUAUUUAACCAGGUAAACCAGUUGAGAACAAGUUCUCAUUUACAACUGCGACCUGGCCAAGAUAAAGCAAAGCAGUGCGAUAAAAACAACAACACAGAGUUACAUAUGGGGUAAAACAAAACAAAGUCAAAAAUACAACAGAAAUACAUAUAAUAUACAGUGUGCAAAUUUAGCAAGUUAUGGAGGUAAGGCAAUAAAAUAGGCUAUAGUGCAAAAUAAUUACAAUGUAGUAUUAACACUGGAAUGAUGUGCAAGAGAUGAGAAUGGCUCUCAUACACUUGCAUGGCCCUCUGCCUCUGGUCUGUAGCUGCAUGACAGUAGUAGGCUGCAUCACAGCACUGGCUCUAUCUCAAUUCAUCUUUCUCAAUUCCUUGCACCCUCUCUCCUCGCGUCAUUCUCAAAACCCAUUGGAGAAUAAAUUCCUGAGGGUCGGGACCUUGGACCUUCUCCUCCUAUACAGUUGAGAAGGAGGCGAAGAGAUAGGAUGCGAGGAAUGCUUUAGCAUUGCCCCUCCUCUCUAACAUGGCCCCUCCUCUCUAACAUGGCCCCAAUCUCUCUAACAUGGCCCCAAUCUCUCUAUCAUGGCCCCUCCUCUCUAACAUGGCCCCUCCUCUCUAACAUGGCCCUUCCUCUCUAACAUGGCCCCAAUCUCUCUAACAUGGCCCCUCCUCUCUAACAUGGCCCCUCCUCUCUAACAUGGCCCUUCCUCUAACAUGGCCCUUCCUCUCUAACAUGGCCCUUCCUCUCUAACAUGGCCCCUCCUCUAACAUGGCCCCUCCUCUCUAACAUGGCCCCAAUCUCUCUAACAUGGCCCCUCCUCUCUAACAUGGCCCCAAUCUCUCUAACAUGGCCCAUCCUCUCUAACAUGGCCCCUCCUCUAACAUGGCCCCUCCUCUAACAUGGCCCCUCCUCUCUAACAUGGCCCCUCCUCUCUAACAUGGCCCUUCCUCUCUAACAUGGCCCCUCCUCUAACAUGGCCCCUCUCAUCAGUCAGGAUGAAACACUGCAAGGGAAACACCCACUAUUGCACUCCAUGCACCAGAGAGCAAUUUAGUCAGAGUUGGUUUGAUUUAGUGUGUGAUUCAUUUAGCACAAGAUGAUUCAUUCUCCAGGAUAUUCCUUUUCAAAAAUGGAGGGCCAAUCUCUAAAUUGUCACUAUAGGCCUUUUGCUGGAUGAUAAUUUAAUUGGAACAUCAUGCAUGGACAAGACCAGAUAAUAUUUUGCAUGGGAAGUUUUUCCCGGAACAACAUUUUCAACCGUGUGACAAGUUUAUUGGACUGGAGUACACUCCUUUGGAAUGAAUGGCUUUACACGAUAGAGCCUGGUGUGUAAUAAGGAAAGUGGUACUAGGUUCAUAACCUGUUACAUAAUACAUAAAUAAAAAAUCUCAUUACUUCGGGGAGGAUAAAUGAGAAAUGUCAUAUAGCAGGCCUGCACUUCCACACAGUGAGAAACAUGUGCAUCCCUACAGAGUUUGAGACAUAAAGACACUGAAACAUGAGAUGCAAGCUGAUGAUUUGACAAAAAAAAACCUAUUGAACAUCUGUGUUGUCGCAGAGGAGAUCAGCAGCGGAUAUAUACUGCACGUACUCAACUAUGCGUCAGUUUCCUGCAUCGUUACGUCACCCUCUCCGUGCCCAUUCAUGUUGGAUCAAUUCAACAACUUGUAGCCUACACAUUUCUGUUGCAUAUGUGUUUUUUAGGCAUGAUAUCCCUUACGGUUUGUGGGGUGAUGGUAAGGUAUUAAAAAACACCGCAUCCUUUUUUUUCUAGGCGUUGUCGCAGUUGUGAGACCGCUGGAGAACGUGCAGUUCGUCUCGCACUCUCGUGCAGCGUGAGUCCAUCCCAGCCAAUCAGAUAGCGAGGACGAAACCGCCGCUACACGCUCUUCCUGGAUUCUGCCCAUUUAUCAGCACCGGGGACUGUCACGAGCGCCUUCUCUGUCGACCGAACGAGAGAGAACACUACACUUGCACACGGUUAGGCCAGAUAAAGGUAAGAUGAAUACGUUAUUUUCUUUAUUAUUUUGCGGAAUUAGUUUACUUAAAUCUAAUAAAAUAUCCACUACUUUUGGACUAUUUGUCUGAUGACAUUUUAGAUGACAUCUUGAUGACAUGUCCCCUUCGUCGUCAUCAUCAUCAUCAUCACCGAAAUCUAAAUCUUUGCUCUUUUGUAUUUUCAUUUUCGAGCUUUCAGUUUUUUGGAACGCUAUUCAUGACAUGAUGGUGCCUGGCCAUGUCUUGAAGCUUGGCAGCUAGUCUAUUUUAAACCCUCCCGUCAGCUGGCGAGAUGCGACUCAUUUAGAAACAGCAGUGAGUGAGUCUGGAGGAGAGGAAAGGGCGUCAAGUUGCAACCACGCAGCUAGAUAACAGGGUUUUCUCUCUACUGAAAUACUCCGCCACACCUUUCUGUACCUUUUUGAUAGAUGAAGACAGUUCACUAUUGUUGCUUGCCAUUCACUGGUAUGCAGUGUGGCCAACUACCACUUGGUACUAGAUGUGGGGGGGGGUGUAGCUACAGAAUGUUGCAAUCUGUUGCUGAUACAAUGUAGCCAACUGUGGUUACUUUGUGGUUCCCUUUCAGAGAUGUUGAGAAAUCAAUGCUACUAUGUUUCCAUUGCACAUCGAAUGUGGAAUAGACAUAGUGCACGUAAAUCAAUAUUUAAAUGACCUAUGUGUUAGAGUUAAUCAUUAAACUUCUUGUCAUACCCAGUCAGAGAUAAUUAAAACAGGUGAAGUCAAGAAGCUGAAUUGAAUCCUGGAAUGUCAAGUCUUUUAUUAUUUAUUUCAUUGUGAGGAAGCCAUUUAGGAGCCUAUCAGCGAGUUCUAGCUACAUAUAGCUACAUAUUAUAACUAAUGUGUUAUAGCUGUGUUAUUAUUACUACCACAGGAUUUUGUUUUGUUUCUUUAAAUGUCAGCUCACUUUUAGGUGCUGUGCGUCCAACUGUUGGCUAAACAUUACUCCUGACCAGUGUUGUGAGUGCUAUAGAGAGCAGGGUCCAGUCUGUGUAUAUAUGCUUCUGUUUAUGCUGACAGUUGCCCCCUCUGCCCUCCCUUUCUGUGCUUUGUAGCCAGUGGCAAGUUUCCACACUAUGGACAUUUAAGGCCAGAGGAUUUUCGAUUGGUCCAGCAGGGGGUUGGUUGGUGGAGUGUCUAUCUGUCAGGCUUUAGUGGCUGGGGCUGGAACAUGGGGUUCAUUCAUGCAUUUAUAACAGUGGGGGUAGAUUAACUGAAGGCAAAUCAGAUAAAAACCCGAUCUAUACGCUGUUCUGUAUUGGGGGACAUAGUCUAGUCACUCCUAGUGCAGGGAUCAUCAACUAGAUUCAGCCGCGGGCCGAUUUGUUUCUCGAGCGGAUGGUCAGGGGGCCGGAACAUAAUUACAAAUAAUUUGUAGACAGCAAAUUGACCACAAGAAGCCCAAACAGAUAUAAUAUUUGACAAAAAUAUAAUCAUUUCAAACCGUGCUUAUAUUUGUAUACUAUCUACGGGUCUCUCUAUGAUGCGUGGGAAUACUUGGGAACAGAUUUUCCUAAAAUUAAAAAUCACUUGGAGCUGAUUUCCUGGUAUUUUUACAGUCUUUUAUGUCCUACAAUGAAAAUCCGUCCCUCGGGCCCUGCUCUAGUGUAACCAGGGCCUUGGAAAAGAGACGGGCGAUGUCCCAAAUGGUGCCACUUUCCCUUUAUAGUGCACUCGUUUUUAUAGGGUGCCAUUUGGGAAGCAUCCACUGAAAAUAGAGCCUCUGUCUGGUCUAAAAAUCUCUCUUCCACACACUUGAGGCUUGGAAUGUGAAGAGAUAACUGGGCUGCUAAUGGAAGAGGGAAAUGCUCAGGGCUAGGCUACAUCCCAGUAAAUGCAUAAGGUAAAGUAAGUAAGCCUUACCCGAGCCAGAACUGCCAAAGGCCAGGGUUAAAGAAGACACACCCACUGAGGUACAUGUACCUUUCGGACUCUGCUCUGGAUUACUGACCUCUGCCUGCCCUUGACCUGUCGUUUGCCUGCCCCGUUUUUGUAAAUAAGCUUUACAAACAGGAGACAUAGCUCUUGCCAAAAACACUGGUGGAGUAAACAACAUACAGUGCAUUCGGGAAAGAAUUCGGACCCCUUGACCUUUUUCCACAUUUUGUUACUUUACAACCUUAUUCUAAAACAGAUUUAAAUUGUUUUUGUCCCCUCAUCAAUCUACACACAAUACCCCAUAAUGACAAAGCAAAAACAGGUUUUUAUAAAUUGUAGCAAUACAUUUUAGAAUAAGGCUGUAAUGCAACAAAAUGUGGAAAAAGUGAAGGGGUCCGAAUACUUUCCCGAAUGCACUGUAUGUUGUUUACUCCACCAGUGUUUUUGGCAAGAGCUAUGUCUCCUGUUUGUAAAGCUUAUUUACAAAAACGGGGCAGGCAAACGACAGGUCAAGGGCAGGCAGAGGUCAGUAAUCCAGAGCAGAGUCCGAAAGGUACAGAAACGGCAGGCAGGCUCAGGGUCGGGACAGGCAGAAUGGUCAAAAUCAGGAAAAACUAGAAAACAGAGACUAGAGCAAAACAGGAGUACGGGAAAACCGUGGGUAAGCUUGACGAGACAAGACGAACUGGCAACAGACAAACAGAAAACGCUGGUAUAAAUACACAGGGGAUAAUGGGGACAAAUGUGGAAAUUAUGUUACUAAACUCAACAACUCUGUCGUAGCCGGCCGCGACCGGGAGACCCAUGGGGCGGCGCAUAAUUGGCCCUGCGUCGUCCAGGUUAGGGGAGGGAAUGGCCGGCAGGGAUGUAGCUCAGUUGGUAGAGCAUGACGUUUGCAACGCCAGGGUUGUGGGUUCAAUUCCCACGGGGGGCCAGUAUGAAAAAUAAAAUAAUGUAUGCACUCACUGUAAGUCGCUCUGGAUAAGAGCGUCUGCUAAAUGACUAAAAUGUAAAUGUAAACAAAAAGAAGAAACUUUGGAGUACUUUAAAUGAAAUUAUGGGCAGAAAGACAAUUCAACUCCCAUCAUUGAAUCAGAUGGCUUAUUCAUCACAAAACCAUUUGAUGUUGCCAAUUAUUUUAAUGAUUACUUCAUUGGGAAAGUGGGCAAACUUAGGCAGUAGAUGUCAACAACAAACAGUGAGCCAUCGUAUUCAUGCAUAAAAAUACAAAUAAUAAAAGAAAAGCACUGUACAAAAAAGUUCGUUUUUUCUCCCAAAAGCAAGUCCUGCAGAGCUUUAGUUUGAUCUUAUCUUGAUUGUUGUCCAGUCAUGUGGUCAAGUGCUGCAAAGAAGGACCUAGUUAAGCUGCAGCUGGCCCAGAACAGAGCGGCACGUCUUGCUCUUCAUUGAAAUCAGAGGGAUAAUAUCAAUACUAUGCGUGCCAGCCCCUCUUGGCUAAGAGUUGAGGAAAGACUGACUGCAUCACUUCUAGUUUUUAUAAGAAACAUUGUGUUACACACACACACACUUACCCCACCAGACAUGCCACCAGGUGUCUUUUCCCCAAAUCUGGAACAAAUUCAAGGAAAAGUACAGUAUACAGAGCCAUGAUUGCAUUGAACUUCGUUCCAUUUCAUGUAGCGAAACAGCAAACCUGGUUUGAAAACACAAAUAAAGCAACACCUCACGGCACAACGCCCCUCCCACCAUGUGACCUACUUGUUGAUAGAUCCACACACACUGAUUAUAAGGUCCCCCACCCAUCAUCCCCGAGGUCCCCCACCACACCCAUCAUCCCCUGAGGUCCCCCCACCCACCCAUCAUCCCCUGAGGUCCCCCACCCACCCAUCAUCCCCUGAGGUCCCCCACCCACCCAUCAUCCCUGAGGUCCCCCACCCACCCAUCAUCCCCUGAGGUCCCCCACCCACCCAUCAUCCCCUGAGGUCCCCCACCCACCCAUCAUCCCCUGAGGUCCCCCACCCACCCAUCAUCCCCUGAGGUCCCCCACCCACCCAUCAUCCCCUGAGGUCCCCCACCCACCCAUCAUCCCCUGAGGUCCCCCACCCACCCAUCAUCCCCUGAGUCUCCCCUUACAUUCACCCUCCCCACAAUGACCAGAGAACCACCCCUUCCCUGUGGGACUGAAAGCAAAGGAAGUAGCAAAAGUCUAAAUAAAUAUAUAUAACUGGUUUGUAUAUGUGGGGCUUUAGCUGAGAUUGUUCUUUACAGAGUCAAGUAUAUUUAAUUGUUGUUUAUUGGCCUCAAUUGUUCCCUGACUAGCACCAUUUAUUUUCACUGUCGAUAAUUCUAAUGUUAUAACUUCUAAUAGUAACUGAAUCCAUUGGUUAAAUGUGAGAGAGUGAGGUGGUUGCCUGGUUACUUCCUCUUUCUUAUUUCCUCUCCUCUCUCCCUCUUCCUCUCUCCUCUCUCCCACCCUCUUCCUCUCCUCUCCUCUCUCCCACCCUCUUCCCUCUCUCCUCUCUCCUCUCCUGUGUAGUUGCAGAACCAUGUCCAUCCUGAAGAUUCAUGCUCGUGAGAUUUUCGACUCCCGUGGAAACCCCACCGUGGAGGUCGACCUGUACACCAAGAAAGGUAAGAGAUUAUAAUGGAGCAGGGCUGUCUGUAAACGUUGUUCUCUGUAGGGUUAGGGUUCGACGCUGCCUUUGUCCGAAUCACAUUUGGGACUUACACAGUACAUUAUUAAGGCAUGAGUGAAGUGUUGUCCAUAACACCGUUCUCUCUACGGGGCCAGUUUUAAUAGUUUAAGCAACAUUGCAUGCAUGCACGUUAUCUAGGAUAUAUUUAGCAACAAAGUACUGUUUCGUUUUAAUGGGUUCAUGAAUUGAUCACUUUAGAGUGAUGAAUAGAUUUUAAAGUGGGGAAGCAGCCCGUCAGCUUACGGUGAAUAAAACCUAGCAGCGCUCAGUGCCCCCUGAGCUAAUGAAUCAAACAUGUGAUGUCCCUAGCGGGCAGCGCUGGUCUGGGUCUGAUAAAGUGCCAACUCACUGUGAUGCUGCUCAUUGUGCCGUGCAUUGUGGGACGGGAGAAUGUCAUUGUUUCCUUGGCCACUCCUUUAACACUCAUGUCGUUUAUUCAGUGCAUUCGGAAAGUAUUCAGACCCCUUGCCUUUUUCCACAUUUUUAGUUACGUUACAGCCGUAUUCUAAAAUUGAUUAAAUCGGUUUUUUUCCCCCCUCAUCAAUCUACACACAAUACCCCAUAAUGACAAAGCAAAAACAGGUUUUGCAAAUUUAUAAAAAAUAAAAAACUGAAAUAUCACAUUUAAAUAAGUAUUCAGACCCUUUACUCAGUACUUUGUUGAAGCACCUUUGGCAGCGAUUACAGCCUCGAGUCUUCUUGGAUAUGACGCUACAAGCUUGGCACACCUGUAUUUGGGGAGUUUCUCCCAUUCUUCUCUGCAGAUCCUCUCAAGCUCUGUCAGGUUGGAUGGGAGCGUUGCUGCACAGCUAUUUUCAGGUCUCUCCAGAGAUGUUCGAUCGGGUUCAAGUCCAGGCUCUGGCUGGGCCACUCAAGGACAUUCAGAGACUUGUCCCGAAGCCACUCCUGCAUUGUCUUGCCUGUGUGCUUAGGGUUGUUGUCCUGUUGGAAGGUGAACCUUCGCCCCAGUCUGAGGUCCUGAGCACUCUGGAGCAGGUUUUCAUCAAGGAUCUCUCUGUACUUUGCUCCGUUCAUCUUUCCCUCGAUCCUGAAUAGUCUCCCAGUCCCUGCUACUGAAAAACAUCCCCACAGCAUGAUGCUGCCACCACCAUGCUUCACCGUAGGGAUGGUGCCAGGUUUCCUCCAGACGUGAAGCUUGGCAUUCAGGCCAAAUAAUUCAAUCUUGGUUUCAUCAGACAAGAGAAUCUUGUUUAUCAUGGUCUGAGAGUCUUUAGGUGCUUUUUGGAAAACUCUUAAGUGGGCUGUCAUGUGCCUUUUACUGAGGAGUGGCUUCCGUCUGGCCACUCUACCAUAAAGGCCUGAUUGGUGGAGUGCUGCAGAGAUGGUUGUCCUUCUGGAAGGUUCUCCCAUCUCCACAGAGGAACUCUAGAGCUCUGUCAGAGUGACCAUCGGGUUUUUGGUCACCUCCCUGACCAAGGCCCUUCUCCCCCGAUUGCUACCAAAGGUGCUUCAACAAAGUAAAGGUUUGUUUUUUGCAAAAACCUGUUUUCGCUUUGUCAUUAUGGGGUGUUGUUAAAUGUUUUAUUUAAUACAUUUUAGAAUAAGGCUGUAACGUAAAACAAAAUUUGGAAAAAGGGAAGGGGUCUGGAUACUUUUCGUAUGCACUGUAUUGCCAUGAAUUGAAAGUAUGAAGAUACUUCUUAAAUCUUGGAAUUAGAAGAAGUAUCAUUAUUUCCCCUACAACUCAUCCAGAAUGCCGCAGCCCGUCUGGUGUUCAACCUUCCCAAGUUCUCUCACGUCACCCCGCUCCUCCGCACACUCCACUGGCUUCCAGUUGAUGCUUGCAUCUGCUACAAGACCAUGGUGCUUGCCUACGGAGCUGUGAGGGGAACGGCACCUCCGUACCUUCAGGCUCUGAUCAGUCCCUACACCCAAACGAGGGCAUUGCGUUCAUCCACCUCUGGCCUGCUGGCUCCCCUACCUCUGCGGAAGCACAGUUCCCGCUCAGCCCAGUCAAAACUGUUCGCUGCUCUGGCACCCCAAUGGUGGAACAAGCUCCCUCACGACGCCAGGACAGCGGAGUCACUCACCACCUUCCGGAGACAUUUGAAACCCCACCUCUUUAAGGAAUACUUGGGAUUCCCCCCCCCCCCCCCCCCCCCCAAAAAAAAACAAACAUUGUAAAGUGGUUAUCCCACUGGCUAUAAGGUGAAUGCACCAAUUUGUAAGUCGCUCUGGAUAAGAGCGUCUGCUAAAUGACGUAAAUGUAAAUGUAAAAAUAUCCAGAACAUUCCACAUUAUAAGUGAUGGAAAGGCUAACACCUCCUUUGGUUAACAAUAGCUUGUUGUUUACAAGACAUGUACUGCCUUAUUGGAAUAAAGUGGACUGCAAUGCAGAGGUUCCCAUCACAAAUAUAAUUGCAAUGUUUAAAAAAGUAUCCUCAUAACAGCUCUGAUAUGUUAAUCAAUAGUGUUCAUCAAUAGGUAUUUUUCUCCAGCACUUGGCCUGUCUGUUUCUCUGUGUCCCCUCAUGUUUAUUCAAAUCAAUUCAAUUAAAAAUACAGUACAAAUAUGUAAAAACAACAAUUAACAAGAAAUGACACCACCAAUAGUUUUAGCUCCAGGCUAGUCCCUCUCCAACUGGCAGAGUGAGUUAGCUCCAGGCUAGUCCCUCUCCAACUGGCAGAGUGAGUUAGCUCCAGGCUAGUCCCUCUCCAACUGGCAGAGUGAGUUAGCUCCAGGCUAGUCCCUCUCCAACGGACAGAGUGAGUUAGCUCCAGGCUAGUCCCUCUCCAACGGACAGAGUGAGUUAGCUCCAGGCUAGUCCCUCUCCAACUGGCAGAGUGAGUUAGCUCCAGGCUAGUCCCUCUCCAACUGGCAGAGUGAGUUAGCUCCAGGCUAGUCCCUCUCCAACUGGCAGAGUGAGUUAGCUCCAUGGUAAGGGUAGCCUAUAUCCUACAGCCUACUAGAGAGAGCUAGCAUGUUAUUGGAGUGAAAAUAGCUCCUGUCUGUAACGGUACACUGCUUGGACAGCGCUACCGUGUUACUGUAAUGGUUCCUACAGGGGAAACACUAGUCAUACUGAGACACACACAGUAGAAUCAGUGUUUCCCCUGUAGUCAUUUAGCAGCAGCAACUUUUAAAGGGAUAGUGUGAGAUUUGAGCAAUUAAGCCCUUUUUCUACUUACCCAGAGUCAGAUGAAUUCAUGGAUACCAAUUUUAAUGUCUCUGCUUGCAGUUUGAAGGAAGUUGCUAACUAGCAUUAGCGCAAUUGCUAACUAGCAAUAGCGCAAUGACUGCUAGCUGUCCUAUAGACUUCCAGUCAUUGUGCUAACGCUAGUUAGCGAUGGCUCGCAAAAAUACCUUCCACUUCUUCAAACUGCACGCAGAUACAUACAAAUGGUUCAUUUGACUCGGGGGUAAGUAGAAAAAUGCCUUGAAGAUCAGAGUGACAAGUUACAACAUGUAUUUGUAGCACACAUAUAACCAUUUCAAAAUGUCAGUGAUUGACUCUGGGGGAGAGGAAAAGACGUCAAGUUGCAACCACACAGCUAGAUAACAGUAUUUGCUCACUACUGAAAUACUCUGCCACACCUUUCUGUACCUUUUUGGUAGAUGAAGACAGUUCACUAUUGUUGCUUGCCAUUCACUGGUAUGCAGUGUGGCCAACUACCACUUGGUACUAGAUGUGGGGGGGUGUAGCUACAGAAUGUUGCAAUCUGUUGCUGAUAGAAUGUAGCCAACUGUUGUUACUUUGUGGUUUCCCUUUCAGAGAUGUUGAGAAAUCAAUGCUACUAUGUUUCCAUUGCACAUCGAAUGUGGAAUAGACAUAGUGCACGUAAAUCAAUAUUUAAAUGACCUAUGUGUUAGAGUUAAUCAUUAAACUUCUUGUCAUACCCAGUCAGAGAUAAUGAAAACAGAAGCUGAAUUGAAUCCUGGAAUGUCAAGUCUUCUAUGUUUCCAUUGCACAUUAAAAAUGGAAUAGACAUAGUGCACGUUUACUAAGAUAAAUAUUUAAAUAAAUAGUUUAAUUUUCUAUUUGUUAAGAGUUAAUCAUUAUACUAGGGAGAACACACAGCAAAAUACUUAUUAUCAUACCCAAAGAUAUAAAAACAGGUGAAGGCAAGAAGUUGAAUUAAAUCCUGGAAUGUCAAAUAUUGUAUUAUGUACUUCAUUGUGAGGAAGCCAUUCAGGAGCCUAUCGUCAGGUUCGAUCCCUCCAUCUCCAAUCUGUCACCUAUGGACACAGAAAACCAAACUAUGCUGUGUCCCAAAUGGCAACCUAUUCCCUAUGUAAUGCACUACUUUUGCACUACUUUUGCACUAUGACUUUUAGUGCACCCCUAUGAUCCCUGGUCAAAAGUGAUGCACUAUAUAGUGAGUAGGGUUCCAUUUUGGACGUAACCAUAGACACAUAGAUUACAGUAAAGUAGAAUUCUAUGGCUAAACUUCCAACAUUCUAAUGUCAGUUGCACAGUAUGGGCUAUUUUUAAACAAUAGUUCAGGUGGUGCUUUCAAAGUUGGUUAUAUUAUAUAUGAUUUGAAAUGUAUGUCAUGACCUUUCAGAACCACUUGUCAAACAAAAUGUACAAUGUGUCAGGGUUUCCUUUUUUUAAUGCAAUUUAUACAGGUAAUUCUGAUAUGUAUCCUAGGGGUCAAAGGUUGACCUGAACAUUCCUGAUGGAUAGCUGUGAACCCAAGCUUUCCAAUGAUAUACCGUAUGAUUGAAGGGUAUACGUGAGCAAUAUGUUGUAUACUGACAUUGUUUGUCAUAGGGUCAAAUCCAUAUGGGAAGAAUGAAUGGGUUAGAGGGAUGAAUGAAAGCCUGACAACAGAGGAAGCUGCCAUCGCUGCACCACACAUUUUACAACUAGGGACAUAGACCUUAUAGAAAAUCACUAUGAGACAUCGUCACCCCGAGUCCAACUCCGGUCCUCCAGUACCCCUAACAGUCUAAUUCCGGUCUUCCAGUAUCCCUAACAGUCUAAUUCCAGUCUUCCAGUACCCCUAACAGUCCAAUUCCGGUCUUCCAGUACCCCUAACAGUCCAAUUCCAGUCUUCCAGUAUCCCUAACGGUCCAAUUCCGGUCUUCCAGUACCCCUAACAGUCUAAUUCCGGUCUUCCAGUAUCCCUAACAGUCUAAUUCCGGUCUUCCAGUACCCCUAACAGUCCAAUUCCAGUCUUCCAGUACCCCCUAACAGUCUAAUUCCGGUCUUCCAGUAUCCCUAACAGUCCAAUUCCAGUCUUCCAGUACCCCCUAACAGUCUAAUUCCGGUCUUCCAGUACCCCCAGUCAUUUGGUAAUCCUGAACUCAUGGCCUAAAUCUCUCUGUGUGUCUCCAAUGAGCAGUUAGAAUCACAUUUGCAUAGCCAGUAUCUUUCUUCACAUGGUUGAAUCCAAAAUGUAUGACCUUGGUGUGACCUUGGUGUGACCUUGGUGUGACCUUGGUGUGUGUCUGAGGCUGAGGCUGAGGCAGCAGUCGUAUCCUGGAGACGUAUGUGUGUGUGCGUGCGUGCGUGCGUGUGUGUGUGUGUGUGUGUGUGUUUGUGUGUGUGCGUGCGUGCGUUCGUACGUGUGUGUGUGAACCUGUAGUCUCAUCCUGAGGUUGCUUCAGCUGCACUGCACAUGCUCAGUAGAGAGCUUUUCUUCUCUGUCCAACCCUGUUACAUCACAUUGAUCUGCUUAGUAUGUGCGACCAGGCAGCGACCCUCCCUCUCUCUCCUCAGGGAGCAAAAUGUGAUUAACGCAUGAAUGAUGGAAUUCUUUCCUGUUGUUUUCACUACAUAAAUACCAAAAGCCAUCAUACUAAAACAAAAUAUUAUUCAAUGAAUUUUUUUCUAAUAAUAUUGAUAUUAUUAUUAUUAUUAUUAUUACUUGAGCAGUAAUAUAGUCUGGAUCAGUCAAUGUGUUAGGAACUGGAUCGGUAAUAUAGUCUGGAUCAGUCAAUGUGUUAUGAACUGGAUCAGUAAUAUAGUCUGGAUCAGUCAAUGUGUUAGGAACUGGAUCAGUAAUAUAGUCUGGAUCAGUCAAUGUGUUAGGAACUGGAUCAGUAAUAUAGUCUGGAUCAGUCAAUGUGUUAGGAACUGGAUCAGUAAUAUAGUCUGGAUCAGUCAAUGUGUUAGGAACUGGAUCAGUAAUAUAGUCUGGAUCAGUCAAUGUGUUAGGAACUGGAUCAGUAAUAUAGUCUGGAUCAGUCAAUGUGUUAUGGAACUGGAUCAGUAAUAUAGUCUGGAUCAGUCAAUGGUGUUAUGAACUGGAUCAGUAUAUAGUCGGAUCAGUCAAUGUGUUAGGAACUGGAUCAGUAAUAUAGUCUGGAUCAGUCAAUGUGUUAGGAACUGGAUCAGUAAUAUAGUCUGGAUCAGUCAAUGUGUUAGGAACUGGAUCAGUAAUAUAGUCUGGAUCAGUCAAUGUGUUAGGAACUGGAUCAGUAAUAUAGUCUGGAUCAGUCAAUGUGUUAGGAACUGGAUCAGUAAUAUAGUCUGGAUCAGUCAAUGUGUUAGGAACUGGAUCAGUAAUAUAGUCUGGAUCAGUCAAUGUGUUAGGAACUGGAUCAGUAAUAUAGUCUGGAUCAGUCAAUGUGUUAGGAACUGGAUCAGUAUAUAGUCUGGAUCAGUCAAUGUGUUAGGAACUGGUCAGUAAUAUAGUCUGAUCAGUCAAUGUGUUAUACGGACUGGUUCAGUCAAUAUAGUCUGGAUCAGUCAAUGUGUUAUGAACUGGAUCAGUAUAUAUAGUCUGGAUUCAGUCAUGUUGUGAUAGGAACUGGAUCAGUAUAUAGUCUGGAUCAGUCAUGUGUUAGGAACUGGAUCAGUAUAUAGUCUGGAUCAGUCAAUGUGUUUAGGAACCUGGCAUCAGUUGUAAUUAGUCUGGAUCAGUCAAUGUGUUAGGACUGGAUCAGUAAUAUAGUCUGGAUCAGUCAAUUGUUGGAACCGUACUGGAUCAGUAAUUGUUGAUAGGUCUGGAUCAGUCAAUGUGUUAGGAACUGGAUCAGUAAUUAGUCUGGAUCAGUCAAUGUGUUAGGAACUGGAUCAGUAAUAUAGUCUGGAUCAGUCAAUGUGUUAGGAACUGGAUCAGUAAUAUAGUCUGGGCCCAUAUUUACAAAGCGUAUCAGAAUAGGAGUGCCGAUCUAGAAUCAGGUCCGCCCUCUUAUUCAUUAUGGUUUAAACUGAUCCUAGGUCAGCGAUAGUACUCUGCGACACUUUGUGGAUACCGGCCCUGGUUUCAGAUCAGUUUGUGGAUACCGGACCUGGUUUCAGAUCAGUUUGUGGAUACCGGACCUGGUUUCAGAUCAGUUUGUGGAUACCGGACCUGGUUUCAGAUCAGUUUGUGGAUAGCGGACCUGGUUUCAGAUCAGUUUGUGGAUACCGGACCUGGUUUCAGAUCAGUUUGUGGAUACCGGCCCUGGUUUCAGAUCAGUUUGUGGAUACCGGCCCUGGUUUCAGAUCAGUUUGUGGAUACCGGCCCUGGUUUCAGAUCAGUUUGUGGAUACCGGCCCUGGUUUCAGAUCAGUUUGUGGAUACCGGCCCUGGUUUCAGAUCAGUUUGUGAAUACCGGCCCUGGUUUUAGAUCAGUUUGUGGAUAGCGGCCCUGGUUUCAGAUCAGUUUGUGGAUACCGGCCCUGGUUUUCAGAUCAUUUGUGAAUACCGGCCCUGGUUUCAGAUCAGUUUGUGGAUACCGGCCCUGGUUUCAGAUCAGUUUGUGGAUACCGGCCCUGGUUUCAGAUCAGUUUGUGGAUACCGGCCCUGGUUUCAGAUCAGUUUGUGGAUACCGGACCUGGUUUCAGAUCAGUUUGUGGAUACCGGACCUGGUUUCAGAUCAGUUUGUGGAUAGCGGACCUGGUUUCAGAUCAGUUUUGUGGAUACCGGACCUGGUUUCAGAUCAGUUUGUGGAUACCGGCCCUGGUUUCAGAUCAGUUUGUGGAUACCGGCCCUGGUUUCAGAUCAGUUUGUGGAUACCGGCCCUGGUUUCAGAUCAGUUUGUGGAUACCGGCCCUGGUUUCAGAUCAGUUUGUGGAUACCGGCCCCUGUUUCAGAUCAGUUUUUGUGAAUACCGGCCCUGGUUUUAGAUCAGUUUGUGGAUAGCGGCCCUGGUUUCAGAUCAGUUUGUGGAUACCGGCCCUGGUUUCAGAUCAGUUUGUGAAUACCGGCCCUGGUUUCAGAUCAGUUUGUGGAUACCGGCCCUGGUUUCAGAUCAGUUUGUGGAUACCGGCCCUGGUUUCAGAUCAGUUUGUGGAUACCGGCCCUGGUUUCAGAUCAGUUUGUGGAUACCGGCCCUGGUUUCAGAUCAGUUUGUGGAUACCGGCCCUGGUUUCAGAUCAGUUUGUGAAUACCGGCCCUGGUUUCAGAUCAGUUUGUGGAUACCGGCCCUGGUUUCAGAUCAGUUUGUGGAUACCGGCCCUGGUUUCAGAUCAGUUUGUGAAUACUGGCCCUGGUUUCAGAUCAGUUUGUGGAUAGCGGCCCUGGUUUCAGAUCAGUUUGUGGAUACCGGCCCUGGUUUUAGAUCAGUUUGUGGAUAGCGGACCUGGUAUCAGAUCAGUUUGUGGAUAGCGGACCUGGUUUCAGAUCAGUUUGUGGAUAUCAGACAUGGUUUCAGAUCAGUUUGUGGAUAGCGGACCUGGUUUCAGAUCAGUUUGUGAAUACCGGACCUGGUUUCAGAUCAGUUUGUGGAUACUGGACCUGGUUUCAGAUCAGUUUGUGAAUACCGGACCUGGUCUCAGAUCAGUUUGUGGAUAGCGGACCUGGUUUCAGAUCAGUUUGUGGAUACCGGCCCUGGUUUCAGAUCAGUUUGUGGAUACCGGACCUGGUUUCAGAUCAGUUUGUGGAUAGCGGACCUGGUUUCAGAUCAGUUUGUGGAUAGCGGACCUGGUUUCAGAUCAGUUUGUGGAUACCGGAUCUGGUUUCAGAUCAGUUUGUGAAUACCGGACCUGGUUUCAGAUCAGUUUGGGCUGUUCUGCCACAUUGUUCACUUCUGUCUUCCUCAGGUUUUAUCCUGCAGUAUGUCAGUAAAUAGAGAUGGAAUAGACUCAUUAACAUCAUAUCUUUCCUCCCCAGAUGAAAUAGACUCAUUAACAUUCUAUCUUUCCUCCCCAGAUGAAAUAGACUCAUUAACAUUCUAUCUUUCCUCCCCAGAUGAAAUCAACUCAUUAACAUUCUAUCUUUCCUCCCCAGAUGAAAUAGACUCAUUAACAUUCUAUAUUUCCUCCCCAGAUGAAAUAGACUCAAUAACAUCCUAUCUUUGGUCCCCAGAUUAAAUCGAUUAGCCUAAUUACAUACUCUCUUGUUCUGUGUUCUCCAGGUCUGUUCAGGGCUGCAGUCCCCAGCGGUGCCUCUACUGGUAUCUAUGAAGCUCUGGAGCUCCGUGACAACGACAAGACACGCUAUCUGGGCAAAGGUACGCACAUUUCCCUCUUCUGAUUGGACUAGCUAGUAACACUCCCUGUUCUGAUUGGACUAGCUAGUUACCAGUCAUUUACAGUGCCUAGUGAAAGUCUACACACCCCUUGCACAGUCUUCACAUUUUGCUGCCUUAAAAUUAAAUCUAAAAAAGGGAUUACAUUUGAUGUUUUACAGCAGGACAAUUAACACAUUUUAAUGCCAAAGACACACCAGAAUGGCUUUCCAAGAGGUGUUGAGUGUUCCUGAAUGGUCCAGUCUUAGUACUGACUUAAAUCUGCUUGAAAAUCCGAGACAAGGUUUGAAUAUUGCUGUCCAUCAAUGAUUCCCAACCAAAUGUACUGAGCUUGAGCAAUUUUGACAAAAACAAUUGAUAUAUGUUGCACUAAGAGUUGUGCAGAGUUGGUAGAAUCUUAUUCGAAAUGACUUACAGCUGUAAUGGCUGCCAAAAUCGCUUCCAUCAACUAUUAACACAAGGGUGUUAUUUUCUAUUAAAUUUGGAAAAUGUUUCUAUAACUUUCUUUCACUUUCAAAUGUAAUCCCUUUUUUAGAUUUAAUUUUAAGGCAGCAAAAUGUGAAGACUGUGCAAGGGGGUGUGUAGACUUUCACUAGGCUAUAGGCACUGUAUAUUAGGUGGAAUUUAGCAACAUGCUAGUCUUAGAGUGUAUUGUUGUCAUAGCUAGUUUCCAAUGUCCAUGGACUCUAGCCUGGUCCCAGAUCUCUUCGUGCUGUAUGGCCAACUCGUGUGGUUGGCAUGGCAAUAACCAUAGGAGUUGGCAAGACAGCACAGACAGAUCUGGGACCAGGCUACAUGGACACAGCUCACUCUAUACAUUUUUUUCCCAUUACAUGUUUCUUUCCUUCCUUCCUUCCUUCCUUCUUCAUCCUGCCUUUCUCUGACACGUCAUCCUUCUCUCCUGCUGUCAGGGGUGAAAAGGGCUGUUAAAUAUGUUAAUGAGUUCUUGGCCCCGGCUCUGUGUAACCAGGUAAAUACACAGUGUGGAGGAGCAACAGGAGUAAGGCACAGAUAACACUGAAAUGAACUGGAGUUGAUGAAAGCAUGACUUUCGAGUGGGUUUGCCUUGAUUUGACAACUAACUAACCUCUGUGGCAGGCAUUCACAGACAAUCACAGAUUUUCUAAAUCGUUAUUACGGCCAUAAAAAUAUAACGACUAGAAGAGACAUUCCUCCAAGUCAAUGUUUUGUGAUGGGUGGAGCGGCCGGCGGCCAUAUUGUCAUUCUAUUUCUGUGAUUACCCCAUGAUCCCAAUAGUAGAUCAUUCUACUUGAAGUUUGUUUAACCAGCCUAGUUGCUGCCACCACAGCAGACAAUAUUAACGAGAUCUAAGGCUUGCUCUGUGAUCGUCUGGUAGUGCCUGCUGCUCUUGCACGGUCUACUUCUCCCUGGGUUGUGACGCUCUGCUUGUCCCUCUGCAGGUGUCUCAAAAGCUGUUGAUCAUAUCAAUAAAACUAUUGCACCUGCACUUGUUCGGCAGGUAGGAACAUUUACUGUUUGACUAACAUUGAUCAUGUUGUGCUAGUGUCAAGUCAGUGUUGCAUAGAGCAGUCAUGUAGGAGAUUGCUAAGAACAAUCCUGACUGAGGACAAUGAAGUCAGAGGGUAAGAGAAGACACCUAUCACUUCAAGUUCCACGUAGAGUUCUUCUUUACCCCAUGGAGUUUACUAGAUACAAUAUAUCCUCUUGGAUACAAUAUAUCCUCUUGGACUUUUGUCUGUUGAAUGUAUCUGUAAGAUGUUAUUGUUGUAUGUAUACAACACUGUACGCACCUCGGUGACCAGAGCGACAGAGGUCUCGGGUAUUUUACCUAACCUGGCUAGUAACACCUCAAGAUGCUGUGUGUAGUGUGCACUAGCGAACCUAAAUGUCCUUCAAGACAGGCGUGUUGAGCUAACCUGUUUGAACUUUGAACUAACCUUUGUCUGUUUGUUGUCAGUUCCUCCCAUCUCUAACGAUCUGUCUGUCUGUCUGUCUGUCCUGUUGUUCAGAAUGUC